AUGAAGCAUCUUUUUGAAAACCUCCGAAAGAAUUUCCAAUGUGGAGAUUCUCUUCAUGCAUACUUUAAUGAAAUAAAGGCAUAUGGUUACGAGGAGUUUGAUGAACCUUUUCAGCAAUUCAAGGAUAAAAUCCCUGAAGCAGCUCAGUGCCUUGAGUUUGAGAUUGGAUUUGAAAAGUGGAGCAGGGCACAUUUUCCAGCCAACAGGUACGAUGUUCUCACCACAAACAUUGUCGAGUCGCUUAACUCAAUGUUGACGGAUGAAAGAGAGUACCUCGUGUCUGCCAUAUUCACUUCCAUUUCUAGGAGGUUUGCUGAAAUAUUCAGGGAGAGACGUAUAGAUAUCGGUGAUUCAAAUAAUAUAGUUGUGCCUUCGACUGAAAUAACGUUAAGGGAAAAGAUGACUCAGGGCGAUUCCUUGUUUGUCGGUAAUAUAAAUGGGGAUGCCGACGAGUUCACCGUUAUCGGCAGUGGCAGAACUGCCAAAGUCAAUCUACUAAACAAAACAUGUUCUUGUAGAGAGUAUGAUUUGGUGAAAUUACCGUGUGCUCAAGUCAUGGUAGCUUUGAGAUUAAAGUAUGGAAAUGGAUAUGGUUCAAGCAUCUACAAGUAUUCUUCACCGAUGUAUAAAGUUCAAUCUUAUAUCCUUGCAUUUGCUGAAACUAUCAAUGUAGUCCCUUCAGAGUCUGAAUGGGUUGUGCCCGAGGAGCAUGUAAAGAUGUACAUUGCUCCACCUCCUUAUGAGCCCAAACUUGGAAGAAAGGGAAUAAAGCGUAUCCCUGGUCUCGUGGAAUCUUUUAAGCCCAAAGGACGUGUAAAAAGGAGGAGAAACAAGUUCUCACUUUGCAAGGGAAGCGGCCGCAAGAGAACAACGUGCCGAAAUAGAGAGGGAUGA